GUAAACUGAGCCGAACAACUGGCGCGCGAACCUAAAAAAAGCAGACAUAUGAUAUACCUAAAUAUGCGAUCAAACCUGAUCGCAAAAAAACAUCAGUCUGAACGUGAUUACUGACUAACACCUGCGUUAGGAAAGAGUGCAAAGACUUAAGUGAAUAUGAAGUCUCUUUUUCUUGUGAUUUCAUUGGCUGCUUUCUACGUUGCUUACGGAGUUUCUUCUUCAGGUGAGAUGGAAAUAUAAUUCAACAUAUUAAAUGUUAUUGUAUGCGCAAGACAGCAUACAAUCAAAUACGUCGUGAUAGAAAUUAAAGUAAACUAAACAACUUGUGAAACAGAUGGUUUUGCCACUGUUUAAUAUUAAUGUUUCAUAGACCCUGAAUUGCCUGUUCCAAAUAUUUCUCAAAUAUUUCUCAAUAUUUCUCAUUAUAUGUUUACUGUACAUUUAUUGUAUGUUAAGAAUAAGAUUCUUAGAUUCUCUCACAAAAUAUGUCUCUCAAUCUUGUUGCCAAUGCAAACGUUUCACAGGCUUAGGUGAGCCAUAUAAUAUGCAUGCGCAUGUAUGUAGUAUCCAUGCAUGCGUAUGGGAUCUGAAUAGCUGAGGCCAACUUUUCUACAGGUCUGAAUUUCAGUUCUGGGACAAAUGGACGAUCAUUUAUGUACUUCUAAAUCGGUAAUUCCUGCAUGUAAGGACAAAUUAAAUUGCUAUCCCAACAAUAUUAAUUUCAAAAGCUAUUUAACAAGAGAAAAGUGGAUUAAUAGAGAAUAAUUUAACAUUUACUAAACUUAUUACUUCAAUAAUUUUACAUUAUUCAGUAUAGCAGCUAUAACUGUAUUAUACAACCCAGAAAAUUCUAGCUAUUUAUAGAUGUUAUUACGUUUUUGCAUCAUAUUAUUAAUUAUUUUAUAUGAGUUUUAAUCAUUGUAGCUAAGGGACCGUUCAUUAUUUAUACCUGGGGUUGGUACCGAAGAGAAGCGAAAAACACUGUAAUUUUUAUAUUUACCCAACCUCAACAUUGGUCAAAAUAAUGUUUACCCAACCCAUGUGUUACUGUACUUAAUAAUUAAACACACAAGAUUAUAUGGUGACAGAAAUCAAGUUGCCUAAAUUUUAAAAGCUCACUCAGACUCAAACUCACUGAGUGUGCCAAUGGAACCACGUUCCUGCUGAUCAAUUAAUAAUAGAGUCCUUCCUCAAUCACUGAUAGUCUACUUUGGUACAGAAUGUAUUGUGCACAUUUUUCUUCAUAUUUUCCAAUGCAUGGUAAUUUCGGUUUUAUUUUAUAGCUGACAGACAGCCACAAAUUUUUUUACCCAACCCAUGAGCUAGUCAAAAACUUGAUUACCCAACCCAUAUCUCUUCGGUACCAACCCCGGGUGUAAAUAAUGAACGGUCCCUAAUAUUGUCGAGGCGAAAAGAAAUUCUAUAUAGCUCAGUUCCUUGUUCUUGUAGUGUAUACAUAUAUAUCCCAAUGCAGUGACGCAAUGUUACAAUGCAGACUACUGAUGCAUAGCGAAGUUACACGUUGGUGAUGGUCGUUGCACUAUUAAUAUAUGAGACCAGUCUCUGCAUUCAUGUGUAUGUGUCGUUCAUGACUUUCUUUCUUUCCUUGAUAUGAUAACUGAAUCAAUGAAGCUAAACGUACUAGCGGAUUUACUUUUUCUUUAUAUUUCUCAAAAUCACUUUGUACAAAUCAAAUACUUUAAUAGCUUAUGUGAGUUCUAGAAGACUAGAAUAUACAAUAUAAUAUAUACUUAACAAUUAACCUGAUGACGCACUUCUGCAUGACCUCUCAACUAAAUAUAUUAAACAGUUCGGUAAACAAACAACGGAUGUUCAUUCAAGUGCUCCUACUUGGCCAUUGAAGACAUUUUAGUAAUUAUAGUAGUCUUUUGUCUACAGCAUUAAGGUUAACCAUGGCCAUGCAUAUUUGGCUGAGGUACAAAAAAUAAUGGAUGCGUGGUGAAAGAUGCGAAAAAUGCGAAAUAAAGUAAAACAUUAAAAGGGAGGAAUGAAGUGUAGAGUGCAGGCAAUGCCGUUAUGUGAUCUUAGUCAUAGGCGUAUGUACGUGGCGAGUUGGGGGGCAAUAUUCGCUUCACAGUCGGGCAAUAUUUACCCUGGAUUCCAGAGCCUUCGACAGUAAAUAAUAGAUUGAAAUGUUCGCGACAUUUCAAUUUAUUAUUUACUGUCGAAGGCUCUGGAAUCCAGGGUAGGCAAUAUUGGCUUAUUAUAAAAAUAUAAAAGUUUUAAUAAAUUAUAAUACAUUCUGAAAUUUUUUCGUCGUCCCCCCUCCCCCAUAAAGUUAUACCUACUGAUUUCUAUGACAUUGUACUCUGGGUGCCAGAGGUUUUCCCAAGCUAUAUUUUGCGGGCUUUUUUGCGAGCGUGGAAUUGAAAAACCUCUGGCACCCAGGGCCAGGGUAAUGACAGUGCGUUUUCACAUCGGUAGUAAUCAUGCAGCUAUAUGAUUGUGCAUGCAUUAUAUGUCACAACAUGACAAUUAAAUUAUACCUUUUUUUAUAGAAGUGUAUAUUAUGCUUAUACAAAAGCUUGACACUUUAUCUAUAGCGGCGAAAGUAUAUAUCUAAAGUAAGCACUGAUGCAAAACAAUUAAGAUAAUACGUUGUAAUUAAUUGUCAGACACAUUUUUUAAGGGCAAAAUGUCAACAGACAAUUCAUUAUUAAAUUUCCUUUAAAAUUGCACACAGCUGCUAGAAUCAUAUACCAGCAGACUACCAGUUAUUACUAACAGUAUUAUUUAAUUAUAUUGAUAUUAAUGAAAAUAUUAAUAAUUAAUAUCUUAUAUAUCAAUAUUGAAUAAAUAAUGACAUUUUUGCAAAAAUGCAGCAUAAAGAUUAAAGCUAUUUUUAAGGUACGUGUUUUUUCAUAUGAGAUAUCCAGGGGCGUAGGAAGCAUCAAAAGAUUAGGAGGGCACCGGCUUCCAGGGGCACUUUAGGACAUUGAUGGGGGCGGAAGAAAUUUUUUUUUUAAAAACAUGGAAAUUUCCAAACAAAACCGUGCCCCCCCGGUUCCUACGCCCCUGGAGAUAUCUAUGUUUUUUUUUGCGAUAGGUUCGACGUCAUUUCAUAUAGACUACAAUUGACUACAGUAUAUAAAGCUCGUGAGAUGAUUCAUUUGAUGUGCCAUACCUAUUUGACACCAACAAUUUCAUCAGUGAAUUCAGUUUCGGUUAUAUAAUUAACAAACCUUUCGGUUUCGGCAGACUCAAACCAAAUAUUGAAAAUGUAUUUUAAAUGUAAAUGUUACAAUUUUUGUAAAAGAGAUUUUUAUCAGCCGAUGAUCAUCCUCGUCCCCAGGCCCAAGCGCCAACCAUUACAAAAGUAAGAGGUUGGCAACCUCGUACGCAGGCUAUUUUCUCUUAUGCUCGGUGGCACGGCCACCCUGGGUACGAGGAUGAGGGGAUGGGUGCAUUUUCGUACCCAGAGCCCUUCUUGUUUUUUCCCGGCCGUCUGCAUGUUUGUGCGGAAUUUUUAGCAAAGGGUUUUUCUUUCCAAUUGUGCACGAUUUUUUUAUUGUUUCCUUCGCGGGAAUUUGUUCUGGUCCUCCCCCCCCCUCACUUUUCUAAUGGUUGGCCUCCAGUUUCCACAUAGUUUGAUAUGAAUUUUUUGUCUCUUCGCUAGUUCUGUCGAAAAAGGGAAAUUGUCCUUUCGUAUAUGAAUCCGAUCACAACUGCAAGAGAAAGUUUGAUUUUGAAUGUCUCCUGGAUUUUGAUUGUAAUAAUACAAUGAAAUGUUGUCGUACAGCAUGUCGUCAAUACAAAUGUAUCCAACCUUUAAGAAAUAGAGGUAAGAUAUUACUGAAUAUUACCAAGUCUACUGAAUAUUAAGAAGAACAGAAUCUGAUAAUUUUAAAUUAGAUAAAACUCGCCUCCAAACCUCGUUGGCUCGAUAGGUGAAGAGGGGACCUAGAAUUCCGAAGAUGGGAGUUGCUUCAUGUUCGCGCGCUCGAGACAAUGAGUUUUUCUUUGUUCUCAACAGCGGCAGAAUUAAUACAAAAUUUUCCAUAUUUCUAUGGAUAGAAUAUAUUUCUGAAGAAAAAUCUUUAGUGUAUAUAUGCUGGUUAUAUAAACAAUGUUAAUCGGAUUUUUUUCUAGUUUGCAACAGAUACAGUGACAUUGCAUUCGUUCUGGACGCGUCAGGCAGCAUUGGAGAAGAAUCGUUCAAAAAUAUGAAAAAUGUCAUUAAGAAAUUACUCGAGAAGUUUUCCCACGAGAUAGGUUACCGUCAUGCAACGGUUGUAUAUGGUGGCAAACCAAGCAUCGUGUUUAACAACAUUGGCACAUGGAGAGGGAACCUAACAACUGGUGAUCUGGUCAAGAUGGUGGAUAAGAUACCAUACUACAAAUCCUCUAUGACUCGUAUCAAUGCUGCACUGCGGUUGGUUCAUCAGGACGUAUUUCGUUGGUUCCAAAACCAAGAUCACAGAACUAAGGUAUAUAUGCGAAAGAAUGCGAAAGCGGUCUCAAAAAUUGUAUGGAGCUCGAGGAAUAAACAACCUUAUACAGCAGGAAUGCAUGCAUGUAGAUCGAUACAUAUGCGGACCUGAUGUAUCAUAAGUAUACUGAAACCGAAAAUGAAACAAAUUUUUGAUCCAAUUUAUAGCAACAUGUAUGUAUUAGAUUUCUAACCAUUAUACAUUUUAGGGCGUCUCCCAUUGAUUGUUUCGUUUGAAUAACAGACACUAAGGCAUAUUUAGUGUCUAUCAUUCAUGCAACGUCUCGCCGAUCAUGUGUGCCGUCGUGAACCUAUAAUUGAGAUUAUAGAAUGUUCAGCACAUGAUGAAAAGUUCGACGUUUGAAGUAGGCCUUAUAGGAGAAAUCUUGGCGAAUGUACUUCUAUGUCCACUAAUCAUGAACUAGAUUAUAUCAAUUCCACAUAGGGCGAAUCUGGGUACAGGGGGUCCGCACCAUGUCGCACUCUAACUCCAGCAAGACAGUGACCUAUAUAUUAACCAGUGCCAAACUUUUCAUAUUUAUAAUAUACUUUUGACAGAAGCUGCGGUGUUGACUACAGCUCCGGGAUUCGCCAUUGUAAAUAUUUUUAAGCAGUUAAUAAAAGAUAGUGUGCGUCAGAUAAAGAAAGACAUGUUUGACAUGCAUGAGAAAUACCAAUAAUGCUUAAAAUAAAUACACUUUACUCAUAAUAUAUGUUUUGGUUUGUGGAAAACACCAGGUACGUAUAUUUUAUUAUUACAAAGCUGUAUUAAACAAGCGUAAUGCCAGAGAGAAGGUACUAAUUAAUAAAAUCCUGAUAAUUAUAGACCGAUAUUUGUCUUGCCAAUUGUUAGUAAAUUGAUUGAAAAGAUAGCGGCUUUUCCCAGUUUAAUGAAUAUUUAAUUGAUAAUAAUCUGUUGGCUGAAUGUGGAUUUGUCAGUAGACUGUAGACCACUUGAUAUUCUGCGCUUAUAGCUUAGACCACUUCAUAUUCUGCGCAACUAACUUUUUUAAUUCACAAAAAAACACGUUUUAUUAAAUUUCGUAUUCUUCACUCUUCAGUAUUUUCUAUAACUCAGAUACUAUAUUUGCUUUUUAGCAAGUAACAAUUGUUUAUAAAUUCCGCCCUAGCUAGCUAAAUCGUAAAUUUUCUAGUUGCAAAAACAUUGUCCUCGAGGACAGGUACAUUUAUUCUUGAUGUAAAAAACUUUAGUGUUGGCAUACUUUGAUUAUAGUGAUGUCUCGAAUUAUUUGGGUAAAACACUAUCUGACAAACUCCAAAAAAUGCCAAACAGAGCUCAUGUAGAAUAAUAACAUUUUCACCGGAUUUUGACAACCUUGUCCCCAGAACCAUUUCGCGUCUCCUCUGCUGAAUGGCCCUGGCGACGAAGUUGAGAUUUUGACGUAUUUUACAUAUUCAUUGGGGACCGGUCAUUAUUUAUGGAAGGGGGGGGGGGGGGGAAACAAUAAGGGGGGGGGCCAUAUGUAUAAAUAAAUUACUAGAAGGGGGGCUAUUAAAUUUUUUCAAGAAAAUGUGGGGGGGGGGUUGCAAUUAAAUUUGAAGGAAUUUGCUUAAUAAGCCUGGUAUCCAAUUGGUUGUAAAUGUUGCGACUAAAUCAUGGUCACUGAUGUGAACAUAGUCUUUCGAGACAUGGUCUGGAAACUCGGUAAACUUCAAAGCGGUUUUAAUGAGCUGGGAUUUUAUGUUGAGCCGUACCUUACCUUACCCGUGCACAUCCUUUGUUUUAGGUUUAUUAAUAUUUAAAUAGCAUGGUUGAAUGACUGAACUGAAACGUUGCUAUUGGAUGAUUCGUUCAUUAUACUGAAAUACAAUGUGUUCAUUGACCUUGCACCGUGCACAAAACUGCAUAAAUGCGAACAAAAAGAUAGAACAAAGACUUUAGCAGAGUUUCCAAACCAUGUUUUGAAAGAUUAUGAUGUGAAAUAGUCUGGAUUUAUCUUGUCCUUCGUGUGCUGUAUGCAAAUAAGUAUUUACUGAUUGCAGAGAUAAAUUGACAAUGUAUUAUUACAUCAGCGACCUUGGUGUGGUUAAAUACAUUUAAGCAAGGUUAACGGCGGAUGUAUUGUGCAGGCUACAUCCGCUGAGGGAAGUCUGUGACAUCAUAUCGAUCAAAGGGAGUUGUUUCGCACCUUGUGAUCAGUGCUUCGGUCUGGGUAUUCAUUCUGCCAUUGUAUGCUUUGCCUAACUGCAGCAAGUUUAGCGCUUCGAUACCUUUUCUCCAACCACCGACCCACCCAUGUUUAUUCUAGAGGAUUUUAUCAAGCAGUAUGUCAUUUUAUUUUAUAUAAUUUUUAAUCUCACAUAAAAUGGGAUGUAUGGACCACUAUACAUUGUAUUUCGUUUCCACUGACUUGUCAAUGUGACUGGUGCCGGAGGUAUGUAUGCCUUGACAGAAUGGUCAUGGCUAUCUCCUUUUGCUACUAAUAUUACUGAUUGUUGUUCUCAUUGCUGCUGCGCAGCUGCUAUGGCAAUACUUCGUGCCAUCAAGCCUAGUUACAGCCUUGGACCACAAACGGCACCUGCCUCCACACACUAAUACUCUGCCGUUAAACAUGGUUACAAUCACCCAGACCAAAUGAAAACCUGAUUUUAGUGUUAUUAUAAAAUAAAUUCUCCUCUUUUAAUUAAAAUUUUCUGCUAAUAUAUAUUUUUGGUCGACGUUAAUAUCUUGUCAGCUCCAUAUUCUUAUUUAAUAAUUAACACUAUAACGCCUGUGUAUCCCCAUUUGAAGUGUAAAAAUGAAAAUGGGGGGGGGGGGUCAAAGAAAAAUAUUCUAAUAUGCAGGGGGGGUCAUCAUUAAAUUUCUGGUCUUUUAAGGGGGGGCUUUCAAUUUUAAAAAUUUAGGAAAGAAAAAAUUCCCCUCCCCCCCUUCCAUAAAUAAUGACCGGUCCCUUGGUUGAAAUUUUGACCAAAGGCGUGACUCUUGACCAAAAGCGUGCCAAGCAACUUGUGACUCUAGUAGUCUAUAGUAUAUACUAUAGUGUUUAUAUAGAACAGUAAAUAAUUUUAUCCUAGUAAGCUUGAUAUUGUUUUCGAACCAAUUACUUCACACGUCCAUUCAUAUAAGAUAACCCUUAUAAAGGUCAGUAUAGGGCUCAAGUAGAAUAUUCAUCCCCAGACGCAGGCCGGCAAGAGGAGCUUCAGCUACCCUGACACCAUUUUGGGGAUUGGUCUUCGUGAUAUAAUUUGAAAAAUAUGACUAUAAUACAGUCUUUUAAGUACUGUUUAAUAAACGAGCAGGCAGGGAUGCCGGAACCACGGGUGCAGCGGGUGCAAGCUCACCCCUUGCCUUUUGCAUUUUCAACUUUGUGGGUGCAGUGCGGGUGCAGACUAUGGGUGUAACAGGUGCACAAAACUUUUACAACAGACAGAAUAAACGUCGCUUGAGGAUGUGUGUGAGGGUGUUCCACCCCCCAGUCGUCAGGAAUUCGGCAAAGUUGUUAGCCAUUUGGCGAAAGGUGAAACGGAAAGCAUUACUUAUGGAAUUUUUUAAUAUGAGAAAUUACGGAGGAAUUGUGCCUAAAUAAUUGUAUUCGGUCCGAAACAAUUUGAUGACGGGGAGGGAGGUCGACACGAAUGUAGGAUCAUGAUGCCCUUUCAUUUUCAUUGGUGCCCUUUUGUUAAGGAGUAUGGGCACCCUCUUGUUAAUUAAUGCACCCUUGCCCUCAGCAACUUCCGGCAUCCCUGCGAGCAGGAGUGUUUUAUUAGGUUUAAAGACACAAGCGCGCAGCGCGAGAGGCUUUAGACCUAAUAAGACAUGACCUGCGAGUUUAUUAAACGGCUUCAAACACGACUACAAAUUCAAUAGAUAUACUGCCUUAUUAGUAUUCUUUAUAUAAAAAAUACUAAUGAGGACACGACUACAAUAGAUACUGCCUUAUUAGUAUUCUUUAUAUAAAGAAUAUUAAUUAGGAGUGUUUUAUCAGGUUUAAAGCCACUACACGUGACAUAUUAUGGUUAACAUGAUUUGCCAAUAAGCUUAUGAAUUAUUAAUGAGUGUUUGAAGAAUGCUUUAUAUGAUUAUCAAAUUUGACUUUUUAAGAAUGCUAUUAUAUUGAAUAAUCAAAAUUUAUAUCAUGUGCAUGUAAAUAUACUAGAUUUGUAAUAUACUAGUUUUGUAUAAAUUGUUUUACAUGGCGUAAAUAUAGAGUAAUUCUCACAUUUUUUGUUAUCUUCUAACUCAAGAUGAUCGUCCUGUUCACGGAUGGUAUUCAGAACACUCCACCGUAUCAAGAAGGUCUCGUAGAAAUUGGAAAGUUGUUGGAUAAUGAGAAUAUAAAAGUGUUCGGCAUUCUCACAGGAGAGCAGAGAAACAUGAAUGCCUUAUUGAAUUUGUGCACAAAUGAUCAAUUCAUCUUUGAACCAGAGUUUCUUCCAGAAUUGAUCGAGGUUAUGUAUCAUGAAACUGAAUAUUAUUGCUAAGGUAU